GCGCCGGGCGACGCGAUCAGCGGCGGCCGAGAAGCGGCGGGAGCCCUGCCGGACCUGCGCCCGCGAGAGCCCGCCUUCCUCCGCACCCGCAGCUCCCGGGGCUGGCCGGCGGCUCGCGGCAGCUCGCGGCGGCUGCGGAAGGUGCUUAGUUUUUAAAAUGAAGAAGUUUAAUUUCCGAAAAGUUUUGGAUGGCUUAACAGCCUCUUCCCCCUCCAGUAACAGUGCUGGGGGGCCUGGAAGUGGUUCCUUACCUCCAGGAGCUUCAGGAGGGGCUCUCAGAGAGGAGAUUCAGGAGACUCUGACUUCAGAGUAUUUUCAGAUCUGCAAGACAGUUCGGCAUGGUUUUCCUUAUCAACCAACAGCACUUGCCUUUGAUCCAGUACAGAAAAUUUUGGCUAUUGGAACAAGAACAGGUGCUAUACGAAUACUUGGGAGACCUGGCGUAGAUUGUUACUGCCAACAUGAAAGUGGUGCAGCUGUUCUGCAACUUCAAUUCUUGAUCAAUGAGGGUGCUUUGGUCAGUGCAAAUUCAGAUGAUACACUUCAUUUGUGGAAUCUUAGACAGAAGAGGCCAGCUAUUCUUCAUUCGCUUAAAUUUAACCGAGAACGAAUUACUUACUGUCAUCUACCUUUCCAGAGUAAAUGGCUCUAUGUUGGAACAGAAAGAGGAAAUACUCAUAUUGUAAAUAUUGAAUCUUUCAUUCUUUCUGGAUAUGUCAUCAUGUGGAACAAGGCAAUUGAACUAUCCACAAAGACUCAUCCAGGUCCGGUUGUACACUUAAGUGAUAGCCCAAGAGAUGAAGGGAAA